AUGCUGGUUCCAGCAGGCCACACCCCCUGCAGUAUGCUGGUUCCAGCAGGCCACUCCCCCUGCAGUAUGCUGGUUACAGCAGGCCACCCCCCUGCAGUAUGCUGGUUCCAGCAGGCCACCCCCCUGCAGUAUGCUGGUUACAUCAGGCCACCCCCUGCAGUAUGCUGGUUCCAGCAGGCCACCCCCUGCAGUUUGCUGGUUACAUCAGGCCACCCCCUGCAGUAUGCUGUUGUCCCUCCACUACCUCCCCAUUCAGCCAUCAGGUGUCCCUCCACUACCUCCCCAUUCAGCCAUCAGUUGUCCCUCCACUACCACCCUGUCCAUCCCUCCACUACCACCCCAUUCAGCCAUCAGUUAUCCCUCCACUACCACCCCAUUCAGCCAUCAGUUGUCCCUCCACUACCACCCCAUUCAGCCAUCAGUUAUCCCUCCACUACCACCCCAUUCAGCCAUCAGGUGUCCCUCCACUACCACCCCGUUCAGCCAUCAGUUAUCCCUCCACUACCACCCCAUUCAGCCAUCAGUUAUCCCUCCACUACCACCCCAUUCAGCCAUCAGGUGUCCCUCCACUACCACCCCGUUCAGCCAUCAGUUAUCCCUCCACUACCACCCCAUUCAGCCAUCAGUUGUCCCUCCACUACCACCCCGUUCAGUCAUCAGUUGUCCCUCCACUACCACCCCAUUCAGCCAUCAGGUGUCCCUCCACUACCACCCCAUUCAGCCAUCAGUUGUCCCUCCACUACCACCCCGUUCAGUCAUCAGUUGUCCCUCCACUACCACCCCAUUCAGCCAUCAGUUGUCCCUCCACUACCACCCCGUUCAGCCAUCAGUUGUCCCUCCACUACCACCCCGUUCAGCCAUCAGUUGUCCCUCCACUACCGCCCCGUUCAGCCAUCAGUUGUCCCUCCACUACCACCCCGUUCAGUCAUCAGUUGUCCCUCCACUACCACCCCAUUCAGCCAUCAGGUGUCCCUCCACUACCACCCCAUUCAGCCAUCAGUUGUCCCUCCACUACCACCCCGUUCAGUCAUCAGUUGUCCCUCCACUACCACCCCAUUCAGCCAUCAGUUGUCCCUCCACUACCACCCCGUUCAGCCAUCAGUUGUCCCUCCACUACCACCCCGUUCAGCCAUCAGUUGUCCCUCCACUAUCGCCCCGUUCAGCCAUCAGUUGUCCCUCCACUAUCGCCCCAUUCAGCCAUUAGCCACACCAAGGGAGCUGUGAAACACAUCAGAAGUUCACAAGUGAUGAACAUUACGAAUGACACUUUUACUGCCCCUCAUAUUCAUUAGUGUUCAUUAGUGUUUCAAUCGUUUACUUUUUGAAGUUUUCAUUUUGUACCAAGGGAUGAUCUCAUAAUAUAUUUCUGCAUCCUUUAAAUUGGAAUUGUAAAACUUUCCUCUCCAGGAGUUUCUGCCAAGUUAAAUAUGGAUUUAUGAAAUCAAACUCAUGCGAGACCAAUUGAGAAUGAACUGUGGUUCAGAAUGUAUUGCCUAGUCCUUUAUUUAACUAGGCAAGUCAGUUAAGAACAAAUUUUUUUUUUACAAUGAUGGCCUAGGAACAGUGGGUAAACUGCCUUGUUCAGGGGCAGAACGACAGACGGGGAUUCAAUCUUGCAAACUUUUGGUUACGAGUCCAACACUCUAACCACUAGGCUACCUGCCGCCCAAAUGCAAAGAUGCAAUGGUCAGCAUUUAAAUAAAUAGUUAACCUAACCUAAGAGUAAGGUUUUUAACUAAAUAGUUAACCUAACCUAAGAGGUAGUUAAUUACAGUAUGUAGUAGAUUGUACAGUUAGA